AGCCCCGGCCCCCACAUCCUCCUCUCAGCCCGCGGACAGGAAGUUGCUUCCCAGCAGGCUCCGCCCCACUCCCAGCGCCCCGGAAGUGAUCUGCGGCUGCUGCUGCAGAGCGGCCAGCAGGAGGGUGGAUCUCCCGAGAGCGGGGCGCCCCGAGCCCUCCUCCGCCUCCUCCUGCCGCCCAGACUCCACCGCCUCCUGUCGGACUCCUCCUUCUGCCGCUCCCGGCGCGGAGCCUCCUGGACGACAAGGGCCAAGCACUCUCCAGCUGGAGCCAGCUCAGCCGCGGCUUCCGGAGCCCGCGGGGCGGUGGACCGGCUUGCGGUGCAGGAGUUUGCUGACCCUAGCUUUACAAUAGCUGAAAGAGAAGAUGGGAUGAAAUACGAGUGGGAGAGGGGAAGAAGUAGAAGGCACAUCUAAGGAACUGAACAUUUUGCAAAGGUUCUGCCCUGUUGCUUAUUUCUCAACAUUGCUGAAAUCAAGUCAUAGUGUGGUAGCAGAACCUCUGUGACUGGGAUUCUUCUUAAUCCUUUGGUGAAAACUCUGUGACACAAGAUGGCUGCAAAUAAGCCGAAGGGUCAGAAUUCUUUGGCCUUACACAAAGUCAUCAUGGUAGGCAGUGGUGGUGUGGGCAAGUCUGCUCUGACUCUGCAGUUCAUGUAUGAUGAGUUCGUGGAGGACUACGAGCCUACCAAAGCCGACAGCUAUCGGAAGAAGGUGGUGCUGGAUGGGGAGGAAGUGCAGAUCGACAUCCUGGACACAGCCGGGCAGGAGGACUACGCUGCCAUCAGGGACAACUACUUCCGGAGCGGCGAGGGCUUUCUCUGCGUCUUCUCCAUUACGGAAAUGGAGUCCUUCGCAGCCACAGCCGACUUCAGGGAGCAGAUUUUAAGAGUAAAGGAAGAUGAGAAUGUUCCGUUUCUGCUCGUUGGAAACAAAUCAGAUUUGGAAGAUAAGAGGCAGGUUUCUGUAGAAGAGGCAAAAACCAGAGCCGAUCAGUGGAAUGUUAACUACGUGGAAACGUCUGCUAAAACGCGAGCUAAUGUUGACAAGGUAUUUUUUGAUUUAAUGAGGGAAAUUCGAGCCAGAAAGAUGGAAGACAGCAAAGAAAAGAAUGGGAAAAAGAAGAGGAAAAGUUUAGCCAAGAGAAUAAGAGAAAGAUGCUGCAUUUUAUAAUCAAAGCCCAAACUCCUUUCUUAUCUUGACCAUACUAAGAAAUAUAAUUUAUAAGCUUUGCCACUGAAGGCUCAAUUGACUGAAAUUACUUUAACAUUUUGGAAAUUGUUAUGUAUCUCUAAAAGCAUGAAUUGGAACUGCACUGAAAGUCAAAUUCACUUAAAAAAGAAAUUAAUGUGGCUUCAUCAAGAAGCAAAGUUCAACUUAUUUCAUAAUUGCCUACAUGUAUCACAGUCCUGAAUGUAGCGUGGGCACUUGUGUUUUGCUGGCAGUCUUUCUUGAACUAUUUUCAAGAGGUGAGAUGGGGGUGGGCAAUGGGAGGAAAGGCUACUUCCUCUGGUUUAUUAUAAAGCUUAAAUUUUAUAUCAUUUUAAAAUGUCUUGGUCUUCUACUGCCUUGACAAAUGACAAUUGUGAACAUGAUAGUUAAACUGUACCACUUUUUUUUAACCAUUGUUAUGCAAAAUAUAGAAGAAAAAGUUACUGGCAUGAUUGUUGCAUAUAGUUCAAUUGAGAGUAAUUCAUCUGUGAACCUGCAUUAAUUACCCGGUGAUUAACUUAGAAAAGUGGUGUAAACUUGUACAUGGAAAUUUUUUAAUAUGCCUUAAUUUAGAAACCUAAAGAUACCCACUUACAUCAUUCUGGGUGUGUCCUCACUCUGCCAUGGGCCCAUUGCCCAUGUGUCCUGGUGAGAGAAUAUAUGUCAGGAUGGAGGACAACUUUUGUAUAGAAGAUUCUCAAGAAAUUACUGGUAGGAGUCUGUCCAAAUUUAAACUGUGUGCCAUACUCUGGUUCUUGAAAGUAAGGUUCCAGAGCUUCUUGAUUGCUUUUAAUUAAGUGUAAGGUAGUUUAAAAUGAAGGACCAGUGUCUACUUGUAAGAUAAUUUUAGACUAUGAGCAUUCAGUACCAGUUAUGUCUCAGUGAACCCUCUUUCUUUAAGAUGCUGGUCCCUGGAAAUCCCUUUCUGCAAGUGGUGAGCAUGUGUUAAGAUUUUGAUCUCCUUGGAGCAGGGCACAGGAAAAGCGUGGACAGUACUAACGCGUUUUGCACUAGAACACUUGGGAAAAGUCGUGCUCGCCAUCUGUUAACUUCUAAAUUUGUAUUCCCGAGGUUACAGUUUGUACGGGAGUUAGUGGGAUUAUUUGUAGGCUGUGUUCGUAAUGAAGAACACUGUUUCUACGUUUUCCUGAAGUUAACAUCGAACAACCAAACCCGAGGAUAGUGCAGAAAACAUGUCUGGCACCAAACAGUAGGCUGUGUCCCCACUGUAUGGCGUGCCCGCUGGAGGGCCAUAAUUUCAAUGGGAAAUUUACCACUGUCAGUCAGAUUUUUCUUUUCUUUGUAAUGGGACUAGGACAGUUUGAUUCAACAAAGUUUUUCUUUCUUUUUGCUCAGUCCUAAUUCAGCAAGUCAAAGAUGUGUUCAGGCAUUCCAGGUGACAGAUGUGUACGUAAAGUUAACAAAAAUAGGCUAUUUAGGAACUGAACUCUUUAGAUAUUACAUCCGGCUUGUCAUAUUAAAUAUUUGUCCUUAAAGGGUUUGGGAUGUACAUCUUUCAUAUUUUUCAUAGGCUGUGCCAUGUGCAGAAUUAAAGUUACCAAUGUAAGCGCGGCCCCGUGGGCCCAGCGAUCUCCGUGUGUACUUGUUGCAGUCUCAUUUAACCAGGGGUCCUAACCACUAACAUUGUGACUUUGCUUUGAGACCUUUCCUCUCCUGGGUACUGAGGUGCUAUGAAGCCAAAUGACAAAGAUGCAUCACAUGUCUUAGGCUGAUGCCACUACCCGAUUGGUUUAUUUGCAAUUUGAGCCAUUUAAAGACCAAUAAACUUUCUUUUUUUAAA